GGUACUGCUGAUUUAGCUGUGGCCAAUCUGCAGACUAGCAUGGAGAAAAAAAAUGAUGAAUUAGAUGCCUUGAGUAGUGGUGAGUCAUUAAGUCUAUUGUUGAUCAAUUUUAGGUAAAGAACUUGCAUUAAUUACUUGUUAAUGUUGUUAUGACUGAUUGUAAUUAUGUACAAUGUACCCGCUACAAUUGUAUUAACAUUUAUCAAUACCUCAAUUGUACAUGACAUAUGUUGACUGGGUUAAAUGGGAUAAAAUAGUUUCAGCAUAAUACUUGAGUUCAGUCUAAAGAAUGAUCCUAUGGCAGUUGCUUAAGUAGUGCAUUACAUGUACAUUUCAUUAUAGUUUUUAAUAAUUAAAAUCAAGUCACUUGUGGGACAUUUUACAGUUUACCACUUGCAAGAAAGUUAAAAGUGUAUGAAGCACAGGGUACUGGCAGGGUAUAUAGCUGUGCCUUUAGAUGUUUUCUUUUGAAUCACGUGUAUCUUACUUUUUUUAAUAUUUAAUGCCCUGUGCUGUGCUCUGCUAACAACCAGAAGCCUAGAGGCUCAAGAAGCUUGUAAAAUCUAGCAUGCCUUACGGUCAAGUAAAGUGUAAAAUAGAAGCUCUGUUCAAAGUCUUGGGAGGAAGGGGACCGAUCGAUAGGAGAUAGCAAGUUACGUUUGAAUGUCAAACUCUGAACACUUUACCAAAUUCAAAGUCGGAUUCCUGUUGCUGCUGUUUUGGCACUACAUCAAUAACCUACAUGCUAUCUCAGCCACGCCUACAGUGUUUGUCAAGUGCUGCUUGUAAUAAAGGGUGAAAAGUGAAGAAAAUAAAAGAAUGAUAUUAAUUUUAAUUGUGGGAGAGAAGAGGACCCUGCAGACUAAAAAAUCUGUCAACAUUCUAGCCUCCUACGCAGACGUUCUUAGGGGUUCGUCACGCAAUCUGUCCUCCCCCACGAACGUUUCAACAUUCCUGUGAUGCCGGUUUUCUGUGUACUAGUAUGCACAAAAAAAUAGCGCAUCAAAUAAACUAUGAAUAUGGACUUUUAAAGUUUUCCUUGAUUAAUUUUCAGAGCUUGAAUCGUCAGUGAUCAGUUUUGCUGAAUCAGAUAAUUCCCCUUCAACUUGACAGGGAGGGGAUAAAAGAACGAGAAGAUGGCGAGGGGGGGGGGGGCUUUUAUGCGCGGAAGGCGAGUAUUUCAAAUGUUUCCAUCAAAGGGAAGUGAUUAAUCGAGGGACGGCUAUUAUUUGAGGAAAUACGGUAAAUAGAUCAGAAUUAAAAAAAUAAGUUAUAGUUUCCCCCUGUUUUAGCUUGAACUCUUUCAAAUAGCCAGCUAGCUGCAUACUCAUGAACACGGCAACAAAUAGCAUGGCAUCAGUUUGCUAUUUUAGAUGGUUUAUCAAUAAUGGACAAAAGUGAUUUUUAAUUUUGCCACAAAAUAGAAUUUACUAUACUCAGCAAAGAAGGAAGAACCAACUGACCACAUACCAGUUUAAAUAUUCGUGCUGGUGCCUAAAAAUGUUAUGGUUUUACAUUUGUUUUGCCAUUUAAGUCGUUUCGCCUAUAACCCUCCUGUUCACUUACAUGUUAAGUCAUUUUAUUCAUGUUCCUGAAAUGCCAUGUAGUCAUUAGUAAACAAGAGCCAAAUGGAAACAUUAACACACAUCAACUUACCAUUAGUCAAAACAUCUCCUCCUUUACGUUCUUGACGACGAAAUUAAUUAAUUUAAGACUCAGGGGUACAGUAAUAGAGCUGUAAUUACUGCAGCCAUUAUAAAACUAGAGUAUUCAUCAAUUACGUAAAAUAUCCUUUCAUUGAAAAAUAGGGGGACUGCAGCUGCAUGAUCAACCUUAGCUAGCAAAAACAGCAGGUUCAUGUUUAAUUUGAAGUGAUUUCACUCUGUUUAGGUGCAGCAGGAUCUUCCAGUACUCUAAAUAAGAAAGAUCCAGGUGCAAAACCGAAGACUAAUCCACAGUUUGGCAGUCUUAGUCAUGAUGACACAUCCUCUGGUCCAUUUGCAGCUUUAAGUGCCUCUGUUGAUGCAGAAAUUGAUACCUUUGACAAAAAAACAAAAUCAGCUGCCUAUUCACCGAGCUCAUCACUUCUUGUAGAAAGACCCUUGACUAAGAAUUCCUCCGAAGAUUAUAACGGUAAAUGUAUUCAUGACUUACAUGUAGAUAAGGUUAUAGAAUGUGAAGAUGAAAAAAAGAGUCAGAAGUAUGAUUUAAAUGAAGUACAUCUAUGCCUGAUCUAAUGCUGAUUUGAUUUUGAUAAUAAUAUUAAUGUUAAUGAUAGUAAUAUUAAUGAUAAUAUUACAACGGUAAGAACAGUAAUAAUAAAAACAAAAAGACAAAAUAAAUGUGUGACAUAGAAAGCUUCAGUCUGUGAGGGGUAAUGUUCUAAUAAUAAAAUGUCUCUUGACUAUUUGUUACAUGACAUUUAUUGCAAUUAAUGUUUUAGGUCACAAUUAUUUUAAAGAUGACAAGUUCCUUUUUCGUUUUUUCAUUGGUUAAAGAUUACGUGUAUUGACAUCAGUCAAAUCUGGAGUGAUUUUAAACAAAGUACUGUCAAGUGUGUCAAGUGAAGUGUGAAGUCAUUUUGGUUUUAUGCUUAAUAAAACUAGAACAGUGUGUAUUAAUAUAAUAUUAUUACAAAUAAUUUUAUUGCACAUUGUAACAAAAACUUGUUGUAUCCCAAAAUCAAGCUGAUUUAACUGUUUCAAACCUUUAAAGGCUUUCAAAUGAAGUUGCCUUAAAAUAAUAUAAAAUUAUGUCAUGCUCUACAUUUUUACCAUCCAUUCUAGUACAUCAUACUUAUUUUCAUAUAUCAGUUUCAGGAGGUCAAUAAUAAUUAUGUGCUUAGGCUUAAACAACGAAAAACAGAAAUAAAAGGUAUUGUAAACUUCAUGCAUGUACAACUCGCCAAAUUAAACUUAAGAUAAUGAAUGUACUAAUAUUUGAGAUGCGAUAAAGAAAUAAUUAAUUUUCCUAAAGCCCAACAAUUUGUAAUGAUCUUUACACUUACAAGAUUUUGAUUUUGAUUUUAACUUGAAAAAAAAAGUUGACGUCAAAAGUUUAAAGUUGAAAUAUUCAUUUAAAGUUGAACCAUUAAAAGUUUCACUCCUUGAUUUUAUACUUACUUGCAGAUAAAGUCUUAAAAUCUAAGUCAGAAUUUGAAAGUACCAUCCCCCGACAAAAGAAUGCCCGUACAAGAGGACUGACAAGCCCACCACUGUUUUCACAAAUGGGCAGUAAGUGCCCGGAAUGGAGCUUACCUCCACCAGAAGGACAUCAGAGGGAAAAACGAUUAUCUAUAUAUGAUGACCAACAUUAUGGUGAACAGUCUCGAUCCGCUGCGGUCUCAACCGCAAAAAGAGAAGAUAGUUUUUCUUGUCUAGCGGAUAAUAGCACACUCAAUGAAAGUCCAACAACUGAUGAAAUGGUCCCAUCACCACCGGAGGGGAGUGCCAGUGGAACUGUAAGUGGAGAAACGGAAACACCUCAUAAUGAUAUCGCAGCUAAUAUGAAGCAAUCUUGCUUCGAAGAACAAGAUUGCAGCACCCUCAUGGCGUGUCAAGAGAAAAAGGAAGAUGGCCAUGUAUCCACCAAUGCUGCUUUACUUGUUACUGGGGGGCCAUUACUAACUUCCUCAGUGGAUUUUGUUGCUUGUAGCAGCAGUAGUGUAAAUUUGAAUAGCCAGCAAAGCAGAAUUCCAGCUGAGCACGAUGAUAUUGUAGGAGAUGUUGGUUUAUUGGAAAAAAUGAUUAAGGUAUGAUAUUGUUAUGCCAUUUUGCACAAGUUUAAUUAGAGCACCAGAAAUAGAUUUACUUUUAAAGGUGCAUAAACCACUAUAAAGAAUGAAGCUUAUUUUGCAUAGUAUAGUUCAUUACCCGCAAUAGAGCGAUUUUCAUAUGACCUUGAAAAAUGGUUUCUGUAAGUGUUUGUUAUAAGCCAAUGGAUGAAAAGAUCAAAACAUGGACUCUUCCUUUUCCCGCCAAAGAAGACCCUAACAUGGAGAAGGCAUUGUUCGAUUGACCAAUCAUGUUGCAGUAUGAUGCCAAAGCGAAGUAUCCAUUGAUUUCUAGAAAGUUCUCGGGCAUUACAUGGAGUUUUCUCACCCGAGCGUUCGCUUAACCAACCAAAAGCCCUGCGCGUUUGUAUCCGUUCAAUAAACCAAUCAAGUCGCUUUACUUCCGUUCUUAUGUUGUUCCUGUUUUGUUCGCCAUUUUCAUUUCAAGGUCACACGAAAAUCGCUCUAUUACUAAAUAUUAAGAAGUGGGUUAAAUGAAUAUAUGAAGUCAAGUCUUUAAAUCUUAUACGUAUAAUUAACUUUUGUUACUGGAUAACUCUUUUGUUCUUGAGAUCCUCCUUUGUGGAAAUGAUUUCCUAGUGUUUUUGUUCUUUACAUGUACAAAAUGUCCAAUCAGUUUGGUCUGUCCUGUUCAAAUGGAUUUUGUGAUGUAGUGAGAGAGAUUAUUUGUAACACUAGUCAAUAGUGUUAAAUCAAUAGCUUUCAUCACUUAAAUUGUUCUUUAUUUUAGGAGAAUGAGAGCCUUCAUCUGUAUGAGACAUUUAUGACAGAGGUAAAUAUUGCAAGUUUAGGUGAAAUUUUUGUGAGUGAUAAAUAAAAAAUGAAUCAUUAUGUACUUACUUAACGUGAAUUAACCCUUAUUGAGGUGAUGCUGACCAGAUAUUGGUUUUUGAUUAAUCGCGGGCUGAGGUUCAAAAUUUGUCAUCGUCAAAGAAACUGUGUCUUCUGGUUUCGAUCGCAUUGCCAGGUUCAUUUCGGUUCACGACCUCGAAUGACCUCUUAUGCGCAGAUGUUGAAAAUUAAUUCUGGUAUUUCUAUUGUAUUCAUUUUAAGAAUAGCGAUAAAAAGGUCACAUGAAAAAUAACUUAUUAACUUCGUCCGUUUGGUCAUUACAGGAAAAUCUCAGACCUAAGACUUGCCUCGGUCUGAGAUUUCCCUGUAAUGAGUGACUCACCUCAAUCUUAGCUAAUAAGUAGUAUAGACGUUAGAGUGAUUUUACUCAACCUGUGAAAUAGGUAGUAGUAUAUUGCGCACUGUUUUGCACUGAUUCUAUUUUCUUAUUUUGUUUUUUUGUAGCUAUUUUGCCCUAGUUGUUUAAUUUUCGCUUGCGCGAAAAUUUUUUUGGUACUUCGCCCCCCCCCCCCCCCAUAAGUUUUGUAAUGGUCCGUUGUCCGUCCCUAACUGUUUCAUGUUGGUUCAAGUAAAAUCGCUCUAGGUGCCCAAACACACACACGCACACACACACACAUCAUCAUCAUCAUCGUUCAAUCAGUUUGGUUCACUGGAAAUAGUCUAAUUAGCCAGAUCUUAUUUUUGAACUUCAUAAAGUUGUUUGAUUUGGUUUGCGUUACAAAAAGGGCCAUAAUAUUGGUUGAAGAAAAGUUGAGCCCCUCCAAAUAUAAGCCCCCCAAACCGGUAACGCAAAAAACCCGCCGUUAAAUCGCCCCUCCAAAUAUAAGCCCCCGGAGGCUUGUACUUGGAAAAUUGCCCUCAAAUACAAAGUAAAACAAAAAAAAACGGCAAAUUUACUUUAAACUAUAAGGCUAGUCCAAUCGAUUUUGGAACGCAAAUUUCCCUCCGUAGAUAAGCCCCUCCAAAAAUAAGCCCCUCGAAAAGGGCCUUUGAAAAAUAUAAGCCCCGGGGCUUAUUUUCGGAAUUUUACGGUAUUCAGGCUUUCAGUUUUAAGUUAUCGCCAAACCCUUUUCAUAAUGAAAUAAUUUAUCUGAAAGUAAGAAUUAACCUUGGUCCCUUUCCAAACCCUUUUCAGGAAAUUGAUAUUUUACUUCACAAUGAAGCAUAUUUGUUGCAGGUAAAAAUUGUUUUACAUGAUUGUAAAAAGUUAAAAUCAUUCACGAAUUUAACCUAUUACAAAAUUCUUGAAUCUCAUUGGCUAUUAAAAGCAGUGAUUUGUGGUAAUCGCACUUAGCAUGCUGAGUAGGGUCCAGUAAUAUACAUGAAAAAAAUCCUGAAUCUGAUUGACUGAGUGAAGUGCAGUUUUUGAUAAACAUGAUGCAAAAAAACGAGCAAACAUAGCGCAAAAAAAGGAAUAAAAAAUUUUUUUCAGAGAAUGGAAACUGUGAUUGGUCAAUAAACAAUAAUCAUAAAAAGCAAUCAGUUGCAGCAAUCUGCUGGCGGCUACCUUGAAGUUUGCAAGUAAAAAAAUGGCCGGGAAAUGCCAUGGAAGGAUUAAAAAAACUUCUUAAACAAAAACGCUGUCAAGAGGACCUCAUUUUGAGGUAAUGUUUGGCAGAAAUAGAAAAAAGAGGAGGGAAUUUCCAAGCAAAUUGAGAGUUACGCGCCUGCCGACCUCAACAAACCGCUCAAGCGUUUUUUUGCGCGGAGAUUUUUUAAUAAAAACAAACAAGGGGACGACCAAAGCGUUUGGAUGGUUAAUUCAAACAACUACCUCUUAGUUUAGCCGGCUGUGGAAAGUGUCGAAACAAAGCCAGGAAGGUAAAUUUUUUUGUGUAUAUUAUUAAACGGUAAUCGUACGACUCAAUUUGGAAUUUAUUUGUACUCGUGUGUUUUUCAAAAAGCUCAAAUUGCAUGAGCACGUAAUUUUGAUAUACUCGUGCAGAUAAAUAUGUGCAAAUAUAAAAUUUCAAAUUGAAUUCUCAAACUCAUUAAUAAUUCAUUAAGAAAAUACAAAGGAAAUUAAUGUUUAAUGAGUGUUUGGAAAUCGGAUGAAACACUGCUUAGUAUUUGCAUCCUUAAUUUCUCCUUCAAAAAUGAUUUUUUUCAUCACCAGAUGAAACACCUCGAAGUUCGUCAAAAAUACUCCGCUGCGCGUCGUAUUUUCAACUCUCUUCUCGGUGUUUCAUCUGGUGAUGAAACACUGCAUCUCAUGUUUGAUAUAUUACUUCCAAGUCGUAUCAUUACAUAUACAAAGGAAUGUAAUCACGCAUACAUGCACUAUACGUGUUAGUACACAGAAGGAGAAGACCGCUUUGCUUUGCAGAAGUUUUAUUUGUUCCAGACCGAAUCGGACGACGUGAAGUUCUGUUAAAAAUGUAUUCAUAACCGUAACAAAAAUGUUAGCGCACCGUCGACCUGAAGUUUAUCAGUUAUUUACUGUCACGAGUUAUCGACGUAAAAUGUGGUCGCUUUACCGUUUAUAUAUAUAUAUAUAUAUAUUUCCAAAUGAUGCAUUCUACGAUAUUCUUUGAAUUGCCAUCCAUGGCUCACAUCUCUUAAGGUAUUUUCCAAUAGUUGGAAUCGUCAUGAAGCCAUCAGUGCAAGUCUUUGUUGCGAUCUUAUUAAACCACGCAUAUUUUGCCAUUUUUUCUUGUCUCGAUCUGGAUUCAGGUAAGAGUCGCGGUGGUCUUUGUGGCCUCAAACUUUUAAUUAGUUCUUGGACAUGAUUUUUAAGUUAACAUUGCGAGAGGCACUCCACUGUGAUAACCCAACAGGCCACUGGACCAGAAUGAAUCUUCAGCUAAGUUGUAUAGCUGGGCGUGAUUCUCUCUCUUUGUGUAAAGUACCAUCCCUUCAUAUGCUUAAGUGACUGGUUCUUGUUUGGAGCUACCUAAUGGUAUCUCACUCUCAGAUUGUGGCAGGACUUCGUCCGAAUGAGGGAACUUGGUGGUUUCCACGCUAGCAUCUUGUGUGACUUUGCCUAAGAACACUGAAUUCCCAUCCACGUUGCGUGUGCUUCUUUGUGUGUUAUUGUUUUCUGCUUUUUUGAGUGUUUCUUUUAAAAGCUCAUCGGAACUGAGGGGAAACCUGGACUUGUCUGUUGCUGGUAAGUUGUUUGUCUCCAUCUUUGUUUCUGGGAGGACAGCUCGCUGGGUUUGUCGCACCGUAAAACCUCAGAAACUUUCUUUAGUUUUAAGGCUUUUUAUAUAUUAAUAGGAAAAGGAAAUGAAAAAUAUCUGAAUGAAAGGCACUCAAUAUUUUUUCGUGAUUUAGAUUGGCUAAUACAUACCGGUAACUAGUCUACUAGCUACGGUUAUUAAAAGACACCGGCAGUUAAAUUUCUUUGGCUUGUUGAUAAUUAUAUUUUUGGGUGGUUGAUUUUACUGGCUGUCUUACUGUACAUUUUUUUAGUGGGAAAAAUUUUUAAUUUUUUGUUUUCCAUCAAACAAGUUUAUCUAGCGAGUGGUAAUUGGACAAUUUUGUUGUUGCAAUAGCCAAAUUGAACAAUGAAUAUUAUGGGCGUUUAUAGAACCAAUCAGAUUCAAGCAUUUUGUUUACUCUAGGUUAAAGUGUGAGUAAUGUAAGCAAACAUGCACAGAAUACUUAUUAUUAUAUAAACACCAAUACCAAGUGAGCUCUCGCGCGAAAACACGAUAUCUUCACACGUGAAAAUAACAUACACGUGUGAAAAGAUCACCGUUGCUAUGACUACAUAAUAAAUCGCGCCUUUCGCAGCAAAAACACUGUAAAAGUGAGAUGGUUUGGUAUUUGUAUAGUUAAUAGAAAUUUUUCUUCUCAUGUUGAAAAUAUUUCACUCGUUCGCCGCGCGGCCAUGUAAUAUCCUCUAUAUAUUGAAUCAGAAUGUUCAUUAAGUUUAUAUCCAUAUUUGCUAUGUCCAGAAACUCGUAAGGGUUAGAGCCGAAAGCAGUUGUGGAAUUGCACGUAUUUUAGGCGUCCUUUUGAUGCCUGGUUAUGCCAAUUAUAUAUUUACAGGAGUAACAACCAUUUAUAGUCUUACUCUUUUUAAGUAAUACUGUUGUUGUGUGUCAUUCCCUGCUUUGAUAGGAGCUCAGGAUACUGAAGGACCAACACAGAGCACUCUGUCGUGAAAACCGUGCUUUAAGACAGGAAGUAGAGGUAAAAGAUUACUGUCAAACUAAUAAAAGCUCCAGAUCAUUGGUUUGACACAGUAAUCAGUAACAUAACAUAGAUCUACACAUACAUUUGUGCAUCUCAAACCAUAACAAACAUGCUAUAUGUUUUUCUCUGAACAUGUUAUGUAUAGUCAUGUAUCAAAUUUUUAAAUUUAACUGGAGAAUUUCCCAAACAGUCAUACAGGUAUUACAGUGUGCAAUACAUAAUGCGAAAAAAAAAUGUUUUAAAAAUUUUGUUGUACGUGUUAUAUUUUCUAGAGAUUAAGAACUGGAAAGGCAGAACUUCUUGUGCAUACUCAAGAGGUAAAUACAACAGCCUCUCAUUUCUUUCUGCCGCCGGGACGUUUCGCGAACGGGACAUGAUGACGGAAAGCAAUAUUUACCGCAAAUCUGAUACAGUCGAACCUCCAUAAGCGACUACCUAUCCGAAAGAUCAGCACUUUUUAACAUCUGUCGAAAUGCCCUUGGACACCUUAUGAAGUUUACACAACGUUUUGGAUUAGGGUUAAGCACUGCGUUUUACAGAUUAGGGUUAAGCGCUGCCUUUACUGAUUAGGGUUAAUCACUGUUUCGAAGCUGGUUAGGUUCUUUUGUUAGGUUGGGGUUGAUGCUAUGUUCCAGCUUGAAAUAUCUUCUAAGUGUGAUAUAAAAGCAGAAAACAGUUCUACCUUGACUGUGUAAAAAUCAUAAGGGGAGAAAGGGCCUUUCGGGGGAUGUUAACGAGUGCUGACCUUUCCAAAAUACCAAAAGUUUCCCAGUCAAAACCAUGUAAUUAAAACCUCCACUUGUUGUGGUGACGGUUGUACAAUUUUCCAUGUUUUUCCACCUAUUGUAAGCGACCGCUUGACGCAUCGUCUGAUCUCUAAGUUCGCUGUUUGUACUAUGCUUCGCAGAGUAUACGAAGACCUUUAAGUGACGAGAUGGAACUGCACAUAUCGUAACUAGGAAAUUGCGUACAAUAAGUUGUUUUGUAAAAGGUCGAAGCGUCGGGACCUCUACUUGGAAAAGACAACCUGUUGUUCGAUUCUCCUAAGCGACCAUUAAAUCUUCGCUUUUGGGGUGUCGCUUACGGGAGGUGCGACCGUAGUCAUAGGAUUCCAGAUUAAAAUAUGUUCGAGUUUUUGUCUCUCUCGCGAAACGUUUUUGACUGCGGAAAGUGAUGAGAGGCGGCCGUAUUUAUAGAAAAUUAAUUUUGAUUGUAAAAUUGAAAAAAAUUGUAAAUUGUAAUUUGUUUACCCACGGAUCACUAAGGAGUUCAUAAGAACUCGUUGAGACGUGUCCGUGCGUUCCAGAUCGAAUUGGAAUUUGGAAGUGCUGGUUUUUAAGGAGAGGGGAAAACCGGUGUACCCGGAGAAAAACCUCUCGGAGCAAAGGAGAGAACCAAGCUGAUUUUGUUUGAAUUGAUUUUUUGGGAGGGAUUUCCUAAUUUUACUUGAUUUUACUUUCACUUGUCUUUUAAUUUUAAAAAAAAAAGUUACACAUAAAAGUGAAAAAUAGAAAAAUAUCCCUCCAAAAUUCAGAUUUUUCGAUUGGCAGUUCUUGGUCACCAUACUUAAGCAAAGGCGUCUUUAAGGGACGUGCGGACCGCAGGUAGCCUGGGCAACAGUUUUUCCCACUGAUUUCUCGGGUGAAUCGUCUUUGUAAGAAUAAAGACACUUAGCAAUGUAAAUUUGUUGAUACUGAUCGAUUCGCUCUGUUAGUAUUGCACUUGUCUAAGACCGCGAGCGGUCGUCCUUCUUUCCUCAGAGCCACACGUGACGAGCGACAAAAUGAAAUUAUGCAAUUUAAUGAGAAAUAAGAGACUGCUCGCAGUCUGUAUUGCACUAAGCGGUUCACCUGAAUUUGUGGUUAAUAUGAGUGGAUAUUUCCACCAGUUUCACUGACGCAGUAGGGAAUGAUAGUUGUAGAAUUAAACGUUCCAUGCAAGUUUUAAUCAGCGGCCCAAGAAUAAUAUUCAAUUGUGAAAAAAAACCUCACCGACUAGUGGAAUUCUCUUUCAUGCACGUGGCUCGGAUAAACAAGAAGUUAUUUUGUUUUAGAGAUGGUUAUUUCCUGAUUAAUAAAGCUAUGAAAUAAUGUCAUAAUGUAUCCGUCUUGUUUUUCAGUUGCAAGCCCAGUUGAAUGAAAAAGAAUUGGAACACCGAAUUGUGCAAGAGGUAUGAACAUAAUUCUUAGACCGCUAAAAUCUGGUGGUCGCUAUGCCUGCGAAGGUUGUACAACACAAAGGGCUAAACGUUAUUUUCAAAGUUACUGUCAAAUUUUGAGCUUAACUGGAGAUUUUCUGAACCAGUCAUUGUUAUUAUAGUAUUCACUACCUAAUGUAAUAUUUCUUACUUACCAGUAAGAAUGUUUUAAUUACAAUGUACGUAUUAUAUUUUGUAGACAUUAAGAACUGAAAAUGCGGAACUGCUUGAGCAAAAGGAAGAGGUGAAUAUAACAGCCUGGCCUGCGAUUACAGUCGCCCUCAUUGCUCGUUUCGGGAGAGACGAAGAGUUCUCAACGAAGGGUAGCGAUGAGAGGCAGCUGUAUUCACAGGCCAACAAAAGACAGCCUGAAAAUAACAUUCAAAUGUGGAAAUUCUUGUGGAACCCUCCUUCAUACACGUAGCUUGGAGGUGGUAAAGUACAUAACAAAUUGGCUACUCCUUAAUUAGAUUUCUCUCAGUAAACAGGAAGCUUACUGAAAGCAAGUUUCCUGAAGCAAGUUUUAUGAGCCCUACCUUGCCAAUUGUAGCCUUUUCUUCUCCUAUUGUGAGCUUUUCUCAGCCAACUCGCAUUCAAAUUUGCCGCUUUGCUGAUUGCGAAAACUUAAUGAUGUCCGUUCAUUUCUCCCGAUGAUUUAGAUAUUUCUUGCCUAAAAUGCGUUUGUCUUGUUUUUCAGUUGCAAGACCGUUUGAAUGAAAGAGAAUUUGAGAUAGCUGAAAAGAAUGGACUGAUCCAAUCUAUGCUAGAGGUAUUUAAUAACAACUCAGAAGCGAGCACCUGCUAUGCGUACAAAGAUCUGACAAUGUAACACGGCAUCGAAAUUUUAAGGCAGUUUUACAGCUUGUGGCAGUGAAGCACGCUCACAAACCCGUAAAAAUGUGUUACUAUUUAACUUAAUUUUCGUGAAAAUGGGUAAGCAUUUCAACGUAUCCAUUAUUUGAAAACAUUUCCAGAUUGAAAGUUUCUGAGUGCGACUCCGACAGUUUACGUAAGUUAUUCUAAAACUAUUAUGCUGGUUUAGACAACAGUCACUGUCGUCUGUAAAGAGACUUCUCGUUUUAAUUUUCGCGUCAAGUCCAUCUAAUUCAAGUCAUACUAUUUACCCUCGAUAUAUUGAGAUUAAGAAUAACUGAAGAUACAUGCAAGUUAUAAUGUGUCACUCUCUCAUUGACGAGGCUAUAACUUGCAUAUAAUAAAAUAAACAUAUCAGAGCUACCUUUUCAAAAGACUGUGCUUCAAUUCAUUCCAGUAUCAUCAAAAAAUUCCCUAAUUAUUGUAGAAAAAUCGUACAGCCAGAUAGCGCUCAUUGAGCAGCUCAAGGGUUCUGUCCUUGCCAGUAUGUUGCCUUAGGCCCAGUCUUCAUGUACGAACUUUCUUAAUACCUAUUUAGGUCGACUCACGAUGUACAAUGGUCUUCAAUGGUCCACAAUGCUUUCCCGUGAAAAUAAAUUGUAAUAAUUUAUGCUUUUGGCUCGGCACAUGAAAAGUUCAACG